CCGUAACGUGGCGGCGCUGCGCUCGUGUGUGCCGCAGGAGUGGCCCGAACUGUCAUUGUUCAUGUAGUUUUCUGUGAUAAGAAUUACUGUGAAAUUUAUAGUUUAGCAAAGUAAUUAAUUAUAACAAUCAUAAUGUCUACGUCGGGGGAAUUCGGUAAUCCUCUACGCAAGUUUAAGCUCGUGUUCCUUGGAGAACAGAGUGUGGGAAAAACGUCGCUGAUCACUAGGUUCAUGUAUGACAGUUUUGACAACACUUAUCAGGCGACAAUUGGAAUAGACUUCCUCUCCAAGACCAUGUAUCUGGAAGACCGUACAGUAAGACUGCAGUUGUGGGAUACGGCGGGCCAGGAGCGUUUCCGGUCUCUCAUACCUUCUUACAUCAGGGACUCCACUGUUGCUGUUGUUGUCUACGAUAUCACCAAUGCAAACUCAUUCCACCAAACAUCGAAAUGGAUCGAUGACGUCCGCACGGAGCGCGGGUCGGACGUCAUCAUCAUGCUGGUUGGCAACAAGACCGAUCUGUCGGACAAGCGGCAGGUCUCAACCGAGGACGGGGACCGCAAGGCUAAGGAGCUCAACGUUAUGUUCAUCGAGACCAGCGCGAAGGCUGGAUAUAAUGUCAAACAGUUAUUCCGAAGAGUAGCCGCGGCGCUGCCAGGCAUGGACUCUGCCGAGAGCAAGCCACCGGAAGACAUGCACGAGGUGAUCCUGCGACAGGCGCCCGGAGACAACAAGGAGCCCGACAACGGCUGCGCCUGCUAGGGCCGCCCGCGCGUCGGCCGCGGUACUCGGCAGCGUUGGUUACUUGGCGUGUGGCGGUUAUCUCGAAGUUUACGCUAUUUUGCCGAAUGUUAUUAACAAAAGCCUUCAACAGAUAUAUCAAAAUUAGCCGUUCAAUAUGUAAAGAAUUUUCAAUUUUUUUUUUAAAUGUGCACAAACUUUCCUUGACAGCUAUAGGUAGUGUUUUGUUAAAAGAAUGUUCUAAAUUAAUCGAUUUAUAAAAAUACAGACUCUACAGACGAGAAAUGUAUACGGCUUGUAUCGAGUGGGAGUAAAUUCAUAUAUUCCUCUCUUGCCUGACUUUCACUUUUUAAUAAAUAUUCUGAUUGUAAACGAUUUUUAUCACGAUGGACGAUGGCUGUUAUUCAAAGGCAUUAUAGCGAUUACUUGAAUGAAAAUAAGUUGAAGUAACAAACGUUGUUUAGUGUAUCCAUGUCGCUCUGAAUGAUUAGUGAGGGAUUGAAAAUGGCAGCUGUGUAAUUAAAAAUAUCGGAAGCGAAUGACAAAAUGUAUGGGUCGUUCAUUCAUUGAACGAAAAUAUUUCGGACGUUCUCUCAUUCUUUGAUAGCUCGUUACUUCAAAAUGGAGUCCGAACGAUCGUAACGCUCUAUAACUAAAGCCCGGUUAUCAUUCCAAAAAUAAUUCGUUUUGCUUAUGGAUCGUAGAAUUGUCUUAUUGGCAUUAUAAUGUUUACAUUCAAACACAGUAUCAGCUUCUUACGAUCUUUUGAUUCGUAAAUAGCAGGCCAAUGGUAACUUCAGAAUUAUGCCUCGGACAAUUCUGCUUUUCUCAAGUAUGUAUAAAGUAAGUAUAACGAAUUGUCUCUUGAAUAAAGCAACCGGUACGGAAGCGUUUGCCGUCGCAAUCAUUCAGGGCGACAGACUGAUCUGACAUGUCGCUGUGCUUUUGUGUGUUAGCAUUUAAAGUGAUAUUAGAUUUUAAUGUACAUCCAGCAUUCAACGCGGUAAUGCACAAUCGUGCUUGGGUUCGGUCGAGCCGUUUCAAUGCGUUUGGUAUAUUUGUAAACACGGAGGCACCUUUAUGCACGGCUGGAGUCGCUUUUGUGUUGUCGCGGAUUCGUUUUAGUCUAUGAGACUGAUCAUUGGCGAGCCCUUGAAAUUGGCAAUAUCCUUCAAAUUAAAUUCAUUAUGUAUUUUAAAUGUUCCUUUACGAUUGAUAUUUUUGUUUAUUUUAUCUAUUCGGAAGCCUUCGCCCAGUGGUAUGUGAGUGGGCUGUUUUUGUUUCAUUUUUAUAAUUUUAAGAAUAUAGUGACGUAUUGUAUGAGCCUAUGCGAGAGGUUAGAGGGGCUUAAAUCUACGAAUUCGAAUGCAGUUGCUGAGAGUGAAUGAGCCAAGCGUGUAGGUUUAGCGUUUCGUUGAACUGCCCUAAGGCUGUAUAUAGCAUCUGGUCGCGGUCACCUCGCGUAUCCUAAAUUAUGCCAUACUUUUUUUAUAUAAUUAAUUUUUAACACAAACGGGGCAUCAAAGGGAUUCAUUGAGAUUAUAUUUGAAAUUUACUCGGGUUUUUUUUAUUUUCGUUUCUAUAAAUUGAUUUUAAGUUUAUAGUUAACGUUUAUUAGUGACUAAAAUGUAAUAUCGAAUUACUUAUAACAUAAUGAGUAUAUAAGGAGGUGGCGCGGCCUGUGUACAUUAGUAUUAUUUAUUUACUUUAGUGCUUAAGAACGAAAUCUUAUGAUUCUUAUAUUUUUAACUAAUAUUUUUAUUUUGUGAGAUUUUCACGGCUAGCUUUUAUCGGGUUUAUAUGACUUAUACAUUGUAAUAUUUGAAAUAGUUCAUUCCAGCUUUUGUAAUUAUUAUAUUAUAUAUAUUAAUAAAUAAUAAACUUAUAUCAACAUCCAAGAGCAAUAACUAUUAUUAAAAUAAGAUU